AUGUCAUACUCGCCCCCCACCACUGCGAAGCCCUUCACCCUCCACAUCUCAGACCAAGAGUAUUCCGAAUGGCAUCAGCUUCUCCAACUCUCCCCUCUGCCCCCUGAUACCUGGGCAGGCCGACAAGAAGACCGUCGUUUUGGCCCCUCACGGAAAUGGCUCUCGGAGACCAAGGAGUAUUGGCUCAACCAAUACGACUGGCGCGCCCAAGAAGCCCACAUCAAUUCUUUCCCAAACUACAAGAUGCAGAUUGAGAAUGUCGACGUCCAUUUUGUCGCCCUCUUUUCGCAGAACAAGAAUGCGAUUCCCAUCAUCUUCAUGCAUGGAUGGCCCGGUAGUUUUAUAGAGUUCUUGCCCAUGUGUCAAGUCAUUAGGGAAAAGUAUAGUGCAAAGGACUUGCCGUAUCAUAUCAUCAUUCCCUCGUUACCAGGCUAUACGCUCAGCAGGGUGCAGUCUGUGGAGGAAGAGUGGACCAUGGCGGACAGCGCGAGAAUCAUGAAUCAGCUCAUGCUGGCUUUGGGUUUUGAAAAGUACCUUGCGCAGGGAGGAGAUGUGGGAAGUUUCCAGGCAAGGUUGCUCUCGCAGGAAUAUGAGGCCUGCGUCGGCUGUCAUUUGAACAUGUUUACUACCCCUGAUCAACCUGAUGAGAACACGCUCUCCCCUCUCGAAAAGAAGGCCCUCGAUCGCGCUGCGACAUGGCGUGCCAGCGGAACAGCGUACGCCCAGGAACAUGGUUCUCGACCUAAUACCAUUGGCGCUGUGCUCUCGUCCAGCCCCCUCGCUCUACUCGCCUGGAUUGGCGAAAAGUUUCUCGAAUGGACAGACGAGGACCCCUCCCUCGAUACAAUCUUAACAAACAUCUCCCUCUAUUGGUACACCUCCUCGUUUCCGCGCUCAAUCUACCCUUACAGAGAGCUGUUCGGACCCAACCGGUCAGGCUUCAAGUUUCACCAAAAGCCCACGGGCUUCUCUUUCUUCCCUCACGAACUAGAUCCUGGGAUCAAGUCUGUUUUGGAGAAGCAUGCCAACCUGGUGUUCUACAAGCAACACGAACGAGGCGGGCAUUUUGCCGCGUUGGAAAAGCCUAGAGAGUUUUUCGAAGACGUCGAGGAGUAUGUGGGAAAAGCUUGGAAGGUAUGA